AUGUCGAAAAAGCAGUUCAGAGAAGAAAAGAUAAACCGUUUGCAUCGGUCUGCAGGAGCCCCUUUCAAGCUGAAUAUCAGAGAAUUCCGUCUGCCAAUGAAUUUUCUAGUUCCAAAGCCGCCAGAAUUCGAUGAGAAAACAGAUGAUCAAGAUCAACAUGUUUUACACUAUGAAACUGCCAUGACUCUGUGGCAGCACAGUGAUGAGUUGAUGUGCAAUCUGUUUCCACAGUCACUGGCUGGAGAAGCAAUAAAGUUGUUCAAUAAACUCCCUGCACAGUCGAUCGGUACUUACCAUGAAUUGGUUGAAGAAUUCUGCUCCCACUACAAGUACAACAGACGCGAUCGGAAGGGAUGCCACGAUUUGUUCCUUCUAGGAAUUCGAAAGGAGGAAAGCAUCAGGAAGUUUACUCGAUGCUUCAAGCAAGAAUUAUCAGAUGUAGAUGGUGCCAACGAUCAAAUCGUUAUCGAUGCUUACAAGCAAACAUACCAGUAUGAUCAAAGAGGUGUGUACGGUUCCUUGGUCAAGAGACCACCAAAGAUUCUGGAGGGACUGUAUGAUCGAGUGGAAGAAUAUGCUCGAGUGAAGGAUGAUUCCAAAGAUCGAGAGACGAGACAUGUUAACAGAUCAUCCAAUCAUCCAAAUGAUGGGAGGAAGGACAAGUCGAAGAACCUUUCGAGCGGCCAUCACAAUGAUCGAGGUGAAGAGCGAGAGAAGAACCAAGGUGAACGAAUGGAAACUAGAUUCCAGAAAUAUCAUGAUAUGAAGCUGACACCAUUGAACAUACAACUUAUAGAGUUGUAUGAUAAAAUCAGCAAGGAUUUGAGCCCCCCUCGUCCCUUGCCAGCAGAGACACGUGAUAAACAUGAUAAGAGAAAAUACUGCAAGUUCCAUAAAGACUAUGGUCACAAUACUGAGAAUUGUCGUGCCUUACAGAUUGAGGUCCAGCGGAUGAUAGACGCUGGAAAGCUACAAGAGUACGUGAAGAAGGAUUUUGGAAAAGGCCCUGGACAUGGAAAUGAAGCAGAAAUUCGGGAGAUUGGGUGCACAAAGAUCGAGUUCUCUGAAGUAUACAUGAUAGGUGUAUAUGCUCCACAAAAUGAUGAUAUUGUUAUAACUGCUUGA